CGCCGAUUCUCCCUAUUGCUUCGCUGUCGCCUGGGAGACGCCGGAGGCGGCGAUGGCGAAGAAGCUAGGGAAGAAGGCGCGCAAGUUCGCGCGCAAGAACCUGCAGUCUGCCGCCAAGCGCAACCGCAAGAUCCGCAACCAGUUCAAGCACCGCCGAGGACCCCGCGGAGGUGGGAGCGCCGGCCGGGAGGAUGGGGACGAGCACGUGCUGCAGCGGGUCCUCGAUCCCACCAUGGUUACCGACGAUGCUGCUGCUACUUUGAUCCACGGUUUGGAGUUUCCAGAGGACGAUGCUGAACUAGAUGCUGAUCUGUCUGACAGUGAUGGUUAUCUUUCUGAGGAUCCUGGAUGUCCAUACUAUUCUGACAGUGAGGAUGAGAAAGCUGCCAAAGAUUGUAUCAUGGAAGAAGGUUUGGACAGACAGAAUGAUGACAUGAAUCGAGAUAUCAAGAAGCAAAAGAAAAAGUUGAAGAAGUUGCUGGAUAAGGACCCUGAAUUUGCAAAUUUUCUCGAAAAAUGGCAGUCGGAGUUGGAGAGCUCCAGAAGUAAAGGAGAUUCUGAUGAAGAGGGUAUGGAUUCUAUGGAUGAUGACGAUGACUCCAAUGAUGGGAAUUUACCAAAUGCUAAGGUCCUUACAAGAAAGACGAUAAGUGAAUGGUGCCAGUUAGUGUCAAAGGAACCUAAAGCACCUGCCUUGCGUAAUCUACUAAAUGCUUUUCGAGAUGCUUGUCGAUAUGGUGUUCACUCUGAUGGGCCCUUGAUGCAGAGAUUUCAAAGUGCCAGGGUGUUUUAUCAAAUAAUAAUGUUUGUUCUUUCUGAGUCGGACAACAUUUUCCGUGCUCUUUUGGAAAUUCAAGAUGACGUUAACAAAGGAAAAAUUAUGAACCUGAGAAAUUCAAAGAAAUGGCUAACUGUUGAUUCUCUCAUAAAGUCCUACUUAUCAAGUUCUCUUGAUCUUCUUAGUCAACUUACAGACAACAAGAUACUUGCCUUUGUUUUGACUCGGUUGAGGGUAUCAGUGGUCCUUUUUUCUGCAUAUCCAUCAACAUCAAGUAGGCUUGUCAAGAUUUUAUUUCGCUUGUGGGCAAGUGGUGAUCGGAGUUUGUCUCUGUCGGCAUUUCUUAUGAUCCGAGAAGUAGCUUCACUGUUACCUGACUGUUUGGAUCACUGUUUAACUAAAUCCUACAAUACAUACCUUGCCAGUACCAAUCUUGUGAAUGACAGAAACACAAAGCAUAUUUAUUUUCUGAUGGACUGCCUGGUAGAGCUGUAUUCUCUUGAUGUUCAGAAAUCAUAUGAGAGGGCAAUAAUCUCCGUGGAGCAACUGAAUGCUAUUCUUAGACAGGCUUCUAAAACCAAGGAAAAGGAAGAUCUCAGGAAGAUAGAUAACUGGCAAUAUAUUAGUUGUGUCAACCUAUGGGUUCGGUUUCUGUGUUGUCACUAUAAGGAUUACAAUCUCCAUCCCUUAUUUUCUCAAGUUCUUCAAGUAAUAAGAGGAGUGGCUCACUUAUUCCCAGGCACAAGGUACUUACCGUUGAGACUGAAGCUUGUGCAGAUGCUGAACGAGCUUUCCACUUGCAGUCAGAUGUUCUAUCCAAUUCCAUCGUUGCUCUUUGACUGCCUAGAAUUAAGAGAAGUUUCUCAGAAAGAACAAACACAAAGAACAAAGAUCAACUUUUCGUCGUUGUUGAAGGUGCCAAAGAACCUGCUGAAAUCAAGGGAUUUUCAAGAGGAGUGUAUUCUUUCAGCGAUUCAGAUUCUAUCAGCACAUUUUGCCCAGUGGAGUUACCAUGUUUCCUUCCCAGAAGUAGCCACCAUUCCUCUUGUCCUCUUGAAGAGGCUACAUGAGCAGACAACAGUCGAAUCACUUCGCCGUCCUAUUAAGCGUUUGAUAGACCAGGUGACGGAGAACAAGGAUUUUAUAGAAAGGAAAAGAGAGGUUGUAUCCUUUUCACCAAAUGAUAAGGCGUCAGUUGAUAGCUUCCUUCAGGAGGAGAAGGUCAGCAGAACCGCUUCAUUCACUCGGUUCUAUGCAUCCGUAGCUGAAAACCGUCAACCAAAAUGGAGAAAAACACUUUAAAAUACCAAGGGAAUUUCUGAGAGACAUCUCACAUCUGGAAUCGGUUGGUUUCCAAGUGAGGGCCACGAAGAACCACAUCAAUGUAGAACAUUUUAGUGCAGAUAUACGCCGAGGCAGCUAUUGUGUAACCUCUAGUGAGACUGAUUCCUACGAGUCCUCGAGUGCUCAACAAUUUUGUACGAUUGUAACCUUAAUUCCGAAGUGAGUUGUCAAGUGAUGAAUGAAAUUUGCUGUUGCUUUUGAAUCU